AUUUUAUUUUUUCCAUUGCUGUGCCGCACUUGUCCGUCGGGGGAUUCAUUCAAUCUAAUCCCUGCUGCUCCAAUCCUUGUCAGUCUGCGCCUCUCGCAUUGCCGACUCCCCUGCAAUCUGCGCAUUCUAUCGCGCUUUUAAUUCCUGCAUCGUUGCGUUGCAUUUUGUGGGUCGCCAACCGCCGCCAGCACUUGCAAGGGAAUAACUCGCCAUGCAUGCUGCGGCCACCUUCGGACGCCUGCUCUAUGUGCCGCAGCUCCAGCAGGCUUAUCGUAGUUCGGGAGAAUGUUGCACCAGCACCAGCACCAGCGGUGGUGGUGGUGGUGGCAGAGUAGGGUUGUGUAGCGCAGGGGAUGAGCUUCGAAGGACCCAGAAGUGGGGAGAUGGGAUCCUGAGGGCGAAGCGUGGGAGAAUAAUCGCUGCGAGGCGGGGAAGCGGGGAGCAGCGGUUCCCUGUUGGGGAGUAUGGGGAGCGGAUUGUGGUGUCGGCGCAUGAGGAUGAGGACGACGACGAGGAAGAGAUUAAAUUGGAGUGUGACGAGAAUGGGUGCGUCAUUGUGAAGGCCACUUCGAAGAAUUUGGAGGAGUUGGAUGACCGUGGGGGUUUCUUGUGUUGCGACUUAUCAGGCUGCUACUUUUCAGAUGAGCCACCGGUUGAGAAGACGUUUGAAGUGAUUGAAGGGGAAGGGUGGCGCCUGGGAUACGAAACUGCACCAGAAUCAGAAGAUAGCUUCUGCGCUAUAGUUGGAGCUGGUGGAUGGAGCCUUGCUCUAACAGCAUCAGAGUUUAAUGAUUUCUGCUAUCUUAUACAGACCUUGAGAAAGGGCAUCGCAACUAUGGACGAGGAUGGGUUUAUAGGAAAGGAAGAAGUUGUUAUGCAGAUGGAGAGAGGCAGCGUUUGGAUGGCGUGCAGUAUACCUAAGAAGAGAGUUACAAUAUUUCGAAAUCUCUGGAAGCUUGGAAAAAAAGCUUUUGUUGAAAGCCAACAGAAUACUGCCUUCGAGCUACGGUUCAUUCUUUCUGGUGUAUCAGGCAGACGACAGGCUGAAGGAUUCUGGCCGCCUGAGGCUGUAAUGGAUAUGCUUAAGAAGAUAGAUGUGAAGAACCUGGAACUGGAAGAGCAGGAUGCAGUAGCACAAAAACCUGCAGCAGACAGACUUGCAUAACCUUAUAGCAAAUUUUGUUUCUCCCAAAUAUAAUUGAUCUGUAUUUAUGCGGGGAUAGGACAUUUUACGUAAACUGUAAACAUUCUGCGAAUUCCUGACUCACAGCAAUGCCCAGAGUCACAUUUGGUUUAUUACUGAUGCUACACUAGAUUCUAUAGAGAUGUACACUAAAUCUUGGAAGCAGCUUUGUCCGCCAUAAGCAUUUCUCCAAGUUUGUGCAUUAUAACAUAUAUUUUUUGCAGCUUAAA